AUGAUGGAAGAGUCGUCCGAGUCCGACGGAGAUCACGCUUUGGAAAUGAAACCAAACCCAACAUUUGAACUGUUAAAGAAAUGCACUUCAGCAUGGCAGCAGUUCAGCGCCAAGCGCAAGAUGACGCACGAGCUCAAACAGUACCAAGAGGUGUUUCUGACAGAGCUGCCUGGGUCGACAAAGGUCACAGGCGCUGCGACACACGCGGUACUCGAGGGAGAGCUCGAGGAAGAUGAGUCGAGCAAGAAAGUCGUGCCGAGAUUUCGAGAUCGUAAUUCUGGUCCAUCUGCUGGAGAUAAGAAAAAGGUUUGUAUGAGUUUCCAGAAAAUAAUACUGGACUUCUAGGAAGAACAGUUUAGAACUGAUAGAGCUAUCAAGUAUAAAUAAAGUUAGUUUAGUUUAGGUUUCCUCCUCUAGUAACACUGGAUCAAUAAGAGAUGAUCCUUACUGGACCUCUAGGAAGAACAGUUUAGAACUGAUAGAGCUAUCAAGUAUAAAUAAAGUUAGUUUAGUUUAGGUUUCCUCCUAUAGUAAUACUGGAUUUCUAAAGGAUUGCCCUCACUGCAUGGACCUCUAGAAAUAACAUUUUAGAACUGAUAGAGCUAUCCAGUAUCAACUUAGUUUAGUUUAGGGUUCCUCCUGUAGUAACACUGGAUCAAUAAGAAAUGAUCCUUACUGGACCUCUAGGAAGAACAGUUUAGGACUGAUAAAACUAUCCAGUAUAAAUAAAGUUAGUUUAGUUUAGGUUUCCUCCUGUAGUAACACUGGAUCAAUAAGAGAUGAUCCUUACUGGACCGCCAGGAAGAACAGUUUAGAACUGAUAGAGCUAUCCAGUAUAAAUAAAGUUACUUUAGUUCAGGUUUCAUCCUGUAGUAACACUGGAUCAAUAAGAUAUGAUUGUUACUAGAUCUCUAGGAAGAACAUUUUAGAACUGAUAGAGUUAUCCAGUAUAAAUAAAGUUAGUUUAAUUUAGGUUUCAUCUUGUAUUAACACUGGAUCAAUAAGAGAUGAUCGUUACAGGAUCUCCGGAAAGAACAGUUUAGAAGUGAUAGAGUUAUCAAAUGCAAACAAAGUUAGUUUAGUUUAGGGUUCACUGGAUCAAUAGGGAAACAAUACCAUGUGAAGGGUCACUAGACCCUAAUGAGCCUUGCACAGGCUAAUGAAAUGCCAAUCAAAGUUAACACUUAUCAAUUCAACUAAACAUUUUCAGGUUCGUAACCAUGCCCUUAUCCACUACUUUGCAACGCUUGCUUCCUCCAACCACAUCAACGACACGAUGGAUUUCUCAUUUGUUGAAAGUCUGCUGCAAAAUGGCGCCUCAGUAAAGAGCAGUGAUAAACAUGGGCAGACGAUAUUUCACGAAGUCGCCAGAAGUUGGCAUACUGACGUCGCGCAGUUCUUGUUAACUCAAGGUAGGGUGAGAGUUUGGAACGUUAGUUUAGUUUAGGUUUCCUCCUGAAGUAACAUUGGAUCAAUAAGAGAUGAUACUUACUAGACCUCAAGGAAGAAGAGUUUAGAACUGAUAGAGCUAUCCAGUAUAAAUAAAGUUAGUUUAGUUUAGUUUUCCUCCUGAAAUAACACUGGAUCAAUAAGAGAUGAUGCUUACUAGAUCCCAAGGAACAACAGUUUAGAACUGAUACAGCUAUCCAGUAUAAAUAAAAUUAGAUUAGUUUAGGUUUCCUCCUGAAGUAACACUGGAUCAAUAAGAGAUGAUCCUUACUGGACCUCUGGGAAGAACCGUUUAGAACUGAUAGAGUUAUCCAGUAUAAAUAAAGUUAGAGUUCCAGUAAAGAUCAUCUCUUAUUGAUCCAGUGUUAUUGUAGGAGGAAACCUAAACUAAACUAACUUUAUUUAUACUGGAUAGCUGUAUCAGUUCUAAACUGUUCUUCCAGAGGUCCAGUAAGGAUCAUCUCUUGUUGAUCCAAUGUUAGCACAGGAGGAAAUUUAUAAACUUUAUUUAUUAUAUAGUAGAGAGUGAGAUACUGAAAAAUACACAGUGAGAUAUUUUCCAUAUCUUCACUAGUGAAGAUAUCGAUCACGUGACUUUUUCCAAUUUGCUUUUGAGCGUGAAAUUUCACAAUUUUUUGCUUGGGACUAGAUAAUAUUGUGUUCACCACUCGAAGAUAAAAGUCAAAUCUUCGCGCCGCCGUGUAAUAUCCUCUAUAUAAGUUAAAAGCUGUUCUCCCAAAACUUUCCAGUAAGAGUCAGCUCUUAUUCGUCCAUACAUGGUAACUAAGAAUGAAAGGCUCACGCACUAAUCAUCGAAUACUUUCCAAAUGAAAAUAAAAAAAAUACAAAAUUUCAACUUUAAUUUUUUAUGUUCCCAUAGGGGCCGACAUCAACCAAGUGGACAAGUUUGGUCGGGCACCAUUGCACGUCGCAGCGGCAGCAAAUUACGGCGAGAUGGUCGAGUUUCUACUAACUAAAGGGGCCGAUAUCAGUUUAGAAACUCGAGGAGAGCAUCAGCAACCUAUCCAUUUUGCUUCCAAGAACGAUGCCGUAUCUUCGUUGCAAGUACUCAUUAAUUUUGGAGCGGAUACGACGUGUAAAGAUUACAAGGGCAGAACUCCACUUCAGGUAAGCUAAUACCAGAUAAAUCGACGACAAUUACGUUUCGAAGUUCGGAAAUUGGUCGUGAACUUCGCAACAAAGUUCGCAAGUACAUUUCAAUGUUUGAACUUCGUUUGUAAACAAAUGUUCAUACUCAAUAAUAAUAACCAAUUCAAUGAAAUACAAACCUUCUUGGUAGCCCACUGGACCAAAAACUUUCCGUUGAAUUAUUAAUUUCAACUUGAACUAUGAACAUUUGUUUAUGAGUAGAAGUUCUUGAAGGAAAUUUCAUGAAGGAAAUUCACUAGAACUGGUGCAUAUCAAUUCUGCAUUUAGAAAUAAGAGAGCCGUUUUUCGACAACUUUAAACUCGAUUCGAAGUAUUGAUUCGUUUGGGAAGCUAUAUCCAACACGAGUAAGUGUUCUUCCUCUGAUUUCUAAAUACAGACUAGCUGGUUAAAAAAACUCGUGGGCUUCGCCUCGUAUUUUCAACCUGCUUGUCUGUAUUUAGAAGUCAGAGGUAGAACACUUACUCGUGUUGGAUAUAGUAUACUUCUAACAUUGAAAUGUAUACGCCCAAUUUACGAACUUGGAAACGUAAUUGGCAGAUUUGCAACAAACUUGGGACCCGCAUUCAAUAUGAAUCUGGAACAUCUUGGCACAAAACUCUGGGGCUUAUUUUCUCAAUUUGUUAUUAAGUUAUUUCUAAGAGCCUUUUCGAAUUUGCUUUGUGAUUGUUCAAAACCUAUAUACAAGCCGUGUAAACCUGAGUCUAUUGGUUGUGCAAGGAACUAAGGUAUUUGAGUUUGGUACAGGCAGUAAUGAGUUAUGGAUAUUUUUAUUUUACUGUUUGAUUUCAUGUAACGUGAAAGCUAUAAAUAUAGAUCAUUCCAUUCAGGAAGGACUAACUUAAAUUUUGAUAUAUAGCACUUGAAUUUACGUUUUAGGAAUUGGUGAAAACCCUGUAAAAAUUGGCUGUUUUAUGCUAAUUUUUGGCUGAUUUUAAAAAACAGUUGUUCAACGUUCGGCAAACAACAAUAUCGCAAUCAAUAUCCCAUGCAAAUUCAAGUGCUAUAUAUCAAUGUCAAUCAAAUCUCUCUAUUAAUCAAUUUAAAUGUAAUCUCUUUAAACACUAUCAGAAAAUGUCUGAAGAAAUUUAUGACAUUGGUCUGCCACAAAUUUUCAAAACAAUAUGUGGUAAAUGUCAUCCACGAUUCGGCAAGUUGUCCCUUGUCUAUCGUCUCUGUUAAAUCGUGUUGUCAAUAAUUAUCACUUAUUUGUAUUCUGUAUAAAUAGUUGAGAUUACCCGUAGAGGAGUCAGUUUCAGCUCUGUGAGUAUAACCUGUCAUUAUCUGACAAAGAUUGUAAAAAAAGAAGGAAAAAAACCAUACUCGGCUGCAUUUCACCUCCUGUUUUAUAUCUGACAAAGCACUCCGUGUUCUAAAUAGUGUCUAACACAUUUUAAACUUUUCCGUUCAGGUCGCCGCUGAGCUGAAUCGUGGCAAAACGGCAAAGAUCCUCAUUGAACGUGGCGUACCGGCUUUUGUCCACGACAAAUCGGGCAGUGUCGUUCUAUCGCUUCUCAUCCGAAAAAUGCCCCACGUCGCGUUGGAAGCCAUGGAACAAAUGCAUUCAAAGGACUUCACGAAUCGAAAACAGUAUUUCUACUUAAAUUACUUGGAGUGCAUGCAUUUGCACAAGAUGCCAGACAGUUGUGCAAAAUCGCCUUUGGUUGAGGCAGUUCAACACAAUCAGUUCGAACUUAUAAUGCAUCCUGUUUUUCAAAGACUCAUCAACGUCAAAUGGGAGAAAUUCGGCAAGACAGGCGCUUGGAUGAGCCUUAUUGUCAAUAUCAUUUUCGCGACUUUAUGGACGUUUUUGGCCGUGACCCAACCGUUGGAUGUUUCGCAGCAUUACACGCCGUUGACAAGCAAAUGGUGGCGAUUAUUUAUCGAAAUCGUGGUCAUUUUGCUGACCAUUAACGAGAUACGGAUUCAAGUUGAGAAUACUUUUAUAAAUCGUAAGGAGUACACGAAUUGGAAGGCUUGGAAAAUCCGAGAUUUAGAAAGGGAUUUAGAGUAUUGCCAUCCUCGGUGGCCCGAAGAAGCGAGGUACUUAGAAUGCGAGAUCAAAAUGAUCAAAGAUGCGAACGCCUUGCAAUUUCAAGAUUCAUGGAAUUACCUGGAAUGGAUUUCUUGUACUCUAAUCGUGACUGCGAUAAUCUCACAUCUUGUGAAUUUCUUCCUUCGCUCUGGGACAACGUACCAAGUACACAUGCGUAUCUUAGUAUUCCUGCUAAUUCUUCUAUGGUUGCGCAUUCUCAAAUAUGUGCGGCCAUUUAAAGGCCCAGGACCGUUCGUCCAGAUGCUUGGGCACGUCAUAGACAACAUAGUAAAAUGGGGAUUCUUGUACGUAGUCUUCUACAUCCCAUACGCGGCCGCGUUCUGGAUUUUAUUCGGAGGAAUAAGUCCGAAACCCGUCGCGGGGUACUCGAACGUCUCCGAUCUGUUAGUUUACAUAUUUCGUAUGACGGUCGUGGACGACUACAAUUUCAAAGACCUUUAUGACGCGGACCCAACAAUGGCUAGGAUUUUGUGUAGUUCGUACAUCGCAUUCGCUUCCAUAGUGAUUCUAAAUCUUUUAAUUGCGUUGCUAUCCGAUACAUUUCAACGCGUCUACGAGAACGCAAUCUCUACCGCGGUAAUGCAACGCGCGCAGACUAUUAUAUCGAUAGAGAAGGCGUUGCGAAAUAAAACUAAAAAAGCCUAUCGUGAAUUUAUCGAGAGCGAAUGCAGCCCCGAAGCGCUUUACUACGAGGAGUCGGCAGAGAAUGCGGCCGGCCGGAUCACUCAACAAUUGAAAGAGGAAAUGGUCGAACUCCGGGCGGUUAUAAAUGAUCGUUUUGGGAAGAGCGCGGGUGGGCCGAAGUCUGAUUUUGAUAUCAUGAAAGAAGACAUGCUUAAUUUUAUAAGUUGUCAAGACAAAAUGAUGUAUAAAAUCAAUUCGAUCGACAAGCGUAUAACGAAAAUUGAGAAGAAGCUCACGGAGAAUAAAAGCGAGGAAAAGAAAUCUAAAGUUUCGCUAAAUAGUCCCAAAUUUGGAAGCGCGAGUCUCGCUAACGAAGGCAGGCAAAGACGUCUGUCCUUAGAACCGGAUUCCGUACGCUCCCCCCGGCGUACGCCUUCAAACAGGCAAUUGAACGGGGGGCAGCCGAUAACGUCGGCAGCUUCUCGAGAAAAGAAACGGCUCGCUAAGCUGACGGCGCAAGAGAAGGCCGCUGGAAUAGUUAUAUUUAGGUACUGGAGAAGUUAUCAGCAACGGAAAGCGAAAUUCAAGAAAGAAAUGAAGCAGAAGAAACGGCGGGGAAGCGCCGGUUCGGUCAUGUCCGUUAAUCGCGGCAGACGGAGACGAAAUCUCCAUGACGACGACGCGGGCUCAGACUGUACAGGUUACAGCGGAGAAUGGUAG